AUGUUCCCCAAAGACGCUGCUCCCGCGCAGGAGCCACGGCGCCGCGUCAAGACGGGCUUGCGUGUGGCCUUCGCGAGCAAGCACGUUCCAUCUGAUGGUGCCCGGCGACGAGCGGCCCACAAAAGUCCCCGCCACGCCGGACCUCCAGCCGAUCGAGAGCAAGCCGGUGGCGAAGCCGGCCGCCAGCAGCAGCUUCUACGACCUCAAGUCGCUGCUGAACGAGGUCAAGCCGGUUGCGGUGCCCAUCACGCCGUCGUCGGACGAGAGCGUGCGGGACCGGCCGUGGGCGUUCGAGCGCAACGAGGUGGCGAGCGUGAGCCCGGACUACGCCAACUUGCGCGAGACGCUGCGCGACUACAUGUUUCUGAACGCCAUGACGACCAGCCCGUCCACGCCGGCGAACUUAUCGGGCAACAUCCUCGAAAACGACCUCUCUCUCGACGACCAGCUGCUCAACCUCACGAAGGGCAUCAACGCGUUCCACGACGGGCUCGAGUUUGGCCACGGCCCGGGCGACCACGAUAUUCUGUCGCCCGAGGAGAACCUGCUGCUGCUGACGCGCUACGUCAACGAUAUCGGGCCCUGGCUCGACAUGUUCGACCACAGGAGCUGUUUCACCGCGCUGCUGUCGAAGACGGCCAAAAACGACCCGCUGAUGUGCGCGAUCCUGACGAUAUCCAGCCGCCAGCGCGACAAGCUCCAGCACGACAGGCCCGUCUCGGAAACCACGUACCGGCUGUACGAGCGGUCGCUCACGUACCUGGUUCCCAAGGUGAAGAAGGUGCCCGACACCAGCGUGAUGGCGUCGUGCGUGAUCCUGUGCUGUUUCGAGAUGAUGUCGUCGGACCCGAGCGAGACGUGGACUAA